AUGGACUCCUCCGAGUUGUAUCAUGUCAAGCAGCAAUUCGUGCUCGGCGCUUACAAGACACUUACCCAGCUCACCUUGCCAGAUUCUUCAUCGCCCGAUUAUGCGUCUACACUCCUCUACAAAGCUCGUGCAUAUAUCGCUCUUCACGACGCGAAAUCAGCGCUUCAACUGAUACCAGAAGACACUGAGGAUGUUUCGCUUAAAUCCGCUGCCUCGCUCGCGCGAUACGUGGCUGCUGCCGAUGCCGUGGAGAAGGAGGCGGCUUUAGAGGAGUUGAGAGAUUUGUCUGUUGAGAUAGAAGGAGAUGAAUCGGAAGGGAGUGAGAGAGAGAAGGCAGUUGUCAGAGUGCUGGCGGGUACAGCAUUUGCGCAAGCCGGCGAAAUCGAGGAAGCUUUAGAGACCCUUGGAACCGACACUGAAGAUCUAGAAGCAGUCGCGUUAAUCGUUCAAAUUUAUCUCUCAAUCAAUCGACCUGACCUUGCGAAGAAACAAUUUGACCGUUCGAAGCGGUGGGCUGAGGAUGACCUUCUCUUGCAACUCAUCGAAUCCACCAUUGGUCUUGUCACCGGAAAAGAUGGUUAUUCAAAUACCAGCUCCUUCUACACCGAACAAUUGGGCAAUCCGUCGCUGUCGUCCCCUCACCUCUUGACUGCACGCGGCGUUACACGCAUCUUCCGAAACGAAAUUCCGGAAGCGAGAUCAGAUCUAGAGGAGUCUUUACAGCAGCAAAAGGGGAACCCGGAGGCAGAGGCUGCAUAUGUGGUUGCUGCUGGAUUGGGUGCUACAAAGCCGUCGGAGGCUGAGGAGCUCUGGACCCGAUUCGCAGCAGAGCAUCCCACACACCCGCUGGUUGAAAACGUGAACAAAAAGGCCGCUGCAUUCGAUGAGUUUGCAGCCAAGUUCACUGUCCCACCCUUGGCAACGGCUUCUGCGUAG